GAGGGGCAGCAGCCGUGGGCGUCUCCUCGCUCCAGAAUCAACAAGGAAACUUGUGUCCUCCGGGUUUGGAAGCGGCGGGCCUCCCGGCCUGAGCGCUUAUAAACCUCAGCUCCGCUGCUCGCCCGCGCUGCACCCCAUCUGCGCGACUCGCCCCGGUCAGCCCCCAGAGGACAUCAGCUAUAGUCCGCAGGAUCCUAAUGGCAGCAGAGCCACUGACUGAGGUGGAGACAGCCAUUGACACAUUGGCCCAUGCCUUCUGCACCUUUGCAAAGCGCGAGGGCCAGAAGGACAGCCUCAACGUCAGUGACUUUAAGGAAAUGGCCACUCAGCAGUUCCCUCACCUGCUCAAGGACGUGGGCUCCUUGGAUGAGAAGAUGAAGAGCUUGACUGUGAAAGGGGACUCAAAGAGCCUGUUCGAUGAGUACUGGAGUCUGCUUGGGGAGCUGGCCAAAGAGAUCAGAAAGGAGAAGGAGACGCAGAAGAAGUUCGGUUGCCUGGGAUAAGAUGGGCAGGACCAGGCAGAACUCCACUCCCGCAAAUAAAGCCUUCUCCUUAACACA